AUGACGACACUUCAGUCCACUAUCACUCUUCAGGACGCAUCCUCGUCUUUAGGUUUCAACAAGCUUGAGAACGACAGCGGCAAUCCGACCUUGUUCGAGCCGUUUUCAGUUUUAGGUCAACAGGACACGGCCAAGUUCGGCUUAUCAUGGUCUGCACCAUUUCCUCUCGCUCUUAGAGUGACCAAGUCAUUAAGUCUAUCGGAAAGUAUUGAAGCUAUUCUAAAGUUCACUCAAUCAGGCGAUUUGGGCAAAUCCAUCAAAGAGCACGGCGGAGCUCUUUUGAUUCGUGGAUUGCCCAUUGAGACACCUGAUGACUACAGCAAAGUGGCUCACGCAUUUGGCUUUCGUCCUCAUAUCGAAGUUGGACGUCCACCCUUGAGAACUGUUUUAGCACCAAAUGUGAAAACCGCAAAUGAGGGACCUCCAGAGCUUCCAAUUUGGCCACACAGCGAAUACGGAUGGUCAACUAUCAAUCCGGCAUGGCUCACUUUCACCGCUCUCCAGCUUCCCGAUUUCGGUGGCGCGACACCUAUCACAUCAGCCAUUUACAUCGCUCAUGAGCUUUCACAACAGGCGCCCGAAUUUUUAUCGGAUCUUCUCCACAAAGGUGUCAAAUACGUAUACCGAUACACCAUCAACCCCCUCGUGUCCAAUACGGGCACGAGUGUCCGUGGCGCGUACGGGCAAGAGAUUACCGACGAGGACGACGAAGCAACGGCCCGAAAGAAGAUCGAAACUGAGGUACGCCGCCACAGCGAGCGUUUUGAAUGGCAUGAGGAUGGUAGUUUAAGUGUCACACACAUUGUCCCUGCCAUUCGCAUCCACAAUCCCACAGAAGCCACUGUAUUCUUCGGAAACGUCACUUCCGCUUGGGGGCGUAGCAGACAUCAUGGUGCGACGAGGCCUCCCUUCCGAGGUGACGACGGUUCAUACCAUCCGCCGCCGACAUUUGGUGACGGCACGCCGAUUGAUGUUGAGAACUUGGACCUACUGCUGAAACUUGCCGAAGAGGGUGCUGUAGAUGUCGAGUGGGAGAAGGGUGAUCUGGUGUUGCUAGAUAACUAUGCGGUAAUGCACUCGCGUAAGCCUUGGAGUGGAAACCGCCAGGUGUUAGCUGCACUAUGGGACGACGAUGGGAGGAUCAACGAUUUCCCAGAAGGUCUAGAGUUGUUGAAGAGUAGUCCCAAAAUCCCUAGGACGGACUCGGACAAAGCUUUUGGGUCAUGA